AUGUUGGGAAUAUUCAACAAGGAGUUGGUGAAAGCACCAAAGGAGCUCAAUAGCCCUCUUCCUCCAAUGGAAGGUUCUGCCAAGAGGGUGAUUCACAAGCCCAAACAAGUGGCUCCUCAAGAGUCUUUGAAGGGGUUCUUGUCAGCUCAUUCGAAUGCUUUCUCUCUUUCCUUUGCAGACAAUGCAGCUGCUCUUGCUUUUGCUCCUCCUGCUCACCCUAAUCACAGGUUGUUCAGUGGAGUGGAUGACAUAUACUGUUCUUUCUUGGGGAGUUUGAACAAUUUGAGUAGCCUUAACAAGCAGUAUGGUCUGUCAAAGUGUGGGAAUGAGGCCUUGUUUGUGAUCGAGGCCUACAAGACUCUGCGCGAUAGGGGUCCAUAUCCUGUGCACCAGGUUCUGAAGGAUCUUGAGGGCAGUUUUGGAUUUGUGCUGUAUGACACUAUGGCCAAUACUGUGUUUGUUUCUUUGAGUGGUGAUGGAGGCGUCAAGCUCUUCUGGGGCAUAGCUUCUGAUGGUUCUGUCAUGAUUUCGGAUGAUUUGGAGCUCAUCAAAGCCAGUUGUGCUAAAUCUUUCGCCCCAUUCCCUACCGGGUGCAUGUAUCAUAGUGAAGGAGGAUUGAUGAGUUUCGAGCAUCCUACAAACAAAUUGAUGGCAAUGCCGAGGGUAGACAGCGAGGGGAUCCUGUGUGGAUCAAAUUUUAAGGUAGAUGUUUACUCCAAGACCAAAAGCAGCAUGCCGAGGGUCGGUAGUGAAGCCAAUUGGGCAGCCGUUUGGGGACAAGAAGCCUAGAUCAUCUUGCUGUGAUAAUGCAUUAGAAACUGAUUCUUGACCAAGUUACUCCUGUUUUUCUUUCUCUUAUGUUCUUAUUGUUUUUUUAUAAAGGUUUUCUUUUUCUGCUUUGUAAGAUGUCCCGUGUUCCUGAGCUUUCUGUAAAUAAUUUGGUAUUGAGAAUGAUAAUUGCAACCAUCCAAAGAACA